AGAAGAAGGGGGAAACGAGGGGACGUUCGCGUCGCUGAGCUAAAAGUCAAGCUGUUGAUUUUAAUGACUGCGCUUCUAUUAACACACGAUUCUGUCGUGUUUUAGACAAACGCUCUCGCCGUUUGUCUAAAAAUCUCAAGUGGAGGUUUUACGCGUUAGCUUAGCGUGUUAAGAUAAGCGCAGAGCGGGUAUGAGUGCGUGAACAUGUUCAGAGAUUUGGAGAAAAAAAAGCUGACCAAUGGUGGGAACCGAAACGUUCAAGAGUUAUUGGUAGUUUGAGAGAACGACAGCGCCGUGCGAAAGAGAAAACGUCUGCGCGCUUUUACCCCAAGCCUCGUCUUCAACUACACCAAGUAGACAUGAAACAAGAAAACGUUCCCUUUGAGCAGCAGUGCAACUCCACCGUGAAGCAGGAAGUGCCAGCACAGCCACCCCACAUUAAAGAGGAAGAGGCUGACGUCAUUGCAUUCACCUGGACCGGUGUCCACACAAAGAGUGAGGAGGACAAAGGUCAUUCCUCGCAACCUCAUCGCAGUCAAAGCGAGGAGAGCAGAGGCAGCAGCUCAAGACAAGCUGAUGGAGAAUUGCCGAAGACCAAGACGAAGAAGUCUAAAGGUGAACGCCGCACUGACAAAAGCCACUUGAGCUGCUCUCAAUGUGGCCGAACGUUUGCCUACAAAAGUGCUUUGAAAACGCACAUGAGAACGCAUAGUGGAGAGAAACCUUUUGCUUGCUCCGUUUGUGGCAAAAGCUUCACCUUCAAGCAGAACCUCAGCCGACACGUGGCAAUUCACACGGGAGAGAAACCGUUUUCUUGUUCCGCUUGCGAGAAGCGAUUCUUGAGUAAGUUUGAACUGAGAAGACACAUGAGCACACACAGCGCCAAGAAUGCUUUUUCCUGUUCAUUUUGUGCGCAAAGGUUUUUUCACAUGUCGAAACUCAGAAUACAUCUGAAAACACACACCGGGGAGACAACUUUGGAUUCCAGCGACUCGAGUCAACACAUGACAACAGAAGCCGACGGAGAUCUGUGUGAAGAGCCAUGCUCAAGACCAGACGACACAACGUCAAGCUCUUUGGACUUCGAUCAAUGUGGCGACAGCAAAGAAUCUUCGGCGGCUGUAAAAAAGCCGAAAGGGGAUGUGACGCACGACGAUGAUGACCAUCACUUUUACUGCCCAGUAUGUGGUAAAAAAUAUGCCUAUCAGAGUCAUUUAAAAGCGCACAUGAUAAAGCACAGCGGGGAGAAACCUUUCGCUUGCUCAAUUUGCGACAAAAGAUUCACCGCUAAGCGCAGUAUGACGAGACACACGGCGAUGCACACGGCUGAAAAACACUACUCCUGUCCAGUCUGCGGCACGGCGUUCCCCAACGAGUGUGAAAUGAAAAAACACAGGGGCACGCAUGCCGUCGAGAAACAUUUUCUGUGUUCCGUGUGCGCUAAAAGUUUCUCUCACAAGUCCUACCUCAGGCAACACAUGAAAAGACACACCGGCGAGAAACCGUUCAAGUGUCCAGUUUGCGGCCGAGGUUUCUCACACAGGUCGUAUCUGAAAAUUCACAUGGUGACGCACACCCGGGAGAAGGCUUUUACUUGUUCAGUUUGUUCAAAAUGUUUCUCUCACAGGUCUUACCUUGGUGUUCACAUGAGAAUGCACACUGGGGAGAAACCAUUCUCAUGCUCGAUGUGCGCGAAAAGUUUCUCCCAGAGCUCGUGUCUCAGACAACACAUGGUAACUCACACUGGGGAGAGACCUUUUCAUUGCUCACUCUGUGCCAAAAGUUAUUCUCACAGGUCACACCUCAAACAACACAUGACAACGCACAGUGGGAAGAAACAGUUUACGUGCCCGGUAUGUGAUAAAAGUUUGUCGAGUCGCGCUUAUCUGAGGAAACACUUGAAAAAACACAAUUUAAAGGAGCCUCCGGCCUCGAGUGGAUUGACGGCAAGCAGACGAGAGCGUGACUCGUUAUAG